UAUAUUUAGGGUUUGUGUAGCUUCUUCUCCGUGAUGGGGAAGAGUGGGGCGGGCAGCGAGCUCGCCAAGCUCGAUGUCCUCGUCGCGCAGCUCGAAUCGAUGGCGGCGUCCUUCAAAUUGCAGCAGCAUUUGGAUCCGCUCAUUUGCUUCGAUCUCCUGGCGGAUCUCAUCUGGACGAUCGACGACGAGUCUCCGGACCGGAUUCUGGCCUGCCAGAGGAAAUGCGAGGACGCUCUACAGAAUUUACUGCUCCUGGGAGUCCGACCGCCCGUGAGACAUCUCGCUGCGUCGGCAGUCUUAGAACUGAUGAUCAAAGGAGACAGCAUUUCUAUUUAUUCGCGGGCGAGCAGUCUUCAAGGAUGGCUCACCGAUAACAAGAAGGGCGACCCUUCUUCAUUCAUUGGUGCUGCCCAAUGCUUGGGCACUUUAUAUCGCUCAUAUGGACCAAAGAUCACUUCAAAUCUUGGAGAGACGAGCACUCUAGUGGCAAAGCUGAUGAGAUUUCAGGAGGUGUCGGUAAGACAGGCAGGGAUACAGCUUCUUCACGAUGCGCUAGAAGGUUGCGGGGGAAUUGGCCCUUGGUCUGCCUAUGCAGAUGGAUUGCGGGUGAUAUUGAAGUCGGGCGUGACAGACAAAAGUGCUGGUGUGAAGGCCAUAUCAGCCGGAUGCUUGAGACUAUUUGCUGUCACUGGAGGCCCCGGAUUUGGCCCAGGAGCUCUUGAGAAUUGCGCUAGUCUGUGCCUAAAGGCUUUAGAAGACGCAUCGCAGUCUGUACAAGAUGGCUUUGCAGCAGCUCUGGGCGCUCUUGUCGCACUUGGGCUGAAUCCACAAGGACAGAUUCAACCAAAAGGGAAAGGUGGUGCGCCUCCCCCACCAGCUAAAGUUCUGGAAGGCGCUUUGGACAAGUACCUAGUUGCACCGUUUGUGAAAGGUCCUCGGCAUAAAGACUUUCGGGUCGGGCUUGCAAUGGCAUGGGUAGCUUUCUUGCAGGAAAUGCACUUGUGCUAUUCAAAAAAUGACUUUGAGCUGGGAGCCUACGCAACCCAAGUAAUCAACUUGCUUCGCUCAGCCAACUCGCAAAUAGACCCGCACGCCCAGGCUUGUGUCUUGUACAUUCUUCGUGUUGGCAUUGUUGAGCAAAUGGGAGAACCGGGUCAAAAGGAGUUAAUGAGUAUGCUAUGUAAACAGCUCAACUUAGCCGACAACAGCCCUUCAAUGCUUGUGGUUUUACUGAGGACACUGUCACACCUUUUGACAACGCUUGGAGAGGUGACAUUAUCUGCUCGUGAUGCUUUGGACGGUGCGCUAGUUUCAAGCUCGUCGCAUUAUUCAGUAGAGGUACGCGUGGAAGCAGCGCUAACUUUGCGGACACUUGCGGAAGUAGAUCCAACAUUUGCAAGUAACGUUAUGUCUUGUGCCGUGACAACCCUGUGGGCAGUGCAUGAGGCAGUCGCUGUAGAAAAGGGUGAUCGUCUGAAGCUUCAACUAGGUGCACUACAUGGACAGGCUGCGUUGCUGGCCGCACUUCUUGCAUCAUACCCGAAGCUAUUACUUGGCCUGCCGUCAAGACUGCCGCUGGCUGUUCUGGACGUUGGAAGAAAACUUGUUUUACAACCCGUUCGAAACUCUCUUUCUGCAGCGUCUGAGAAAGAGGCGGGAUGGAUGCUGAUAAGCUCUUUUGUUUCAUCUCUGCCUAGAGAAGAACUCAGAGAAAAAGAACGUGAGCUGAUUAGCCUGUGGACCGCUCCAGUUUCUGGAAAUAUUGACGGCAUGCUUAAACAACUGGGAGGAAAUCUUGCUGCCGAAAUCAGUGGCUGGUCGGCAGCAGUCGAAGCACUGACGGCUUUUGUUAAAAACUACUUAAUGGCUCAAAUUUCUCCUGAGCGCGAAGGAAUGCUAAUUCAACCCGUACUUGGAUAUUUGAGCGGUUCCCUCUCGUGCCUUUCGUCAAACGUGCUACAGCAAGCAACUCCACCUUUAAAACCAUUCGUUGAUGUUUUUAUAAUCAAAGUCCUACGGGCGUUCAGAACGCUUCCGGCUCCACUUUCCUACAAGAACGAGCAUACCCAACUUUUGAGGAUUUGUACUGCUCCUUUCAGAGAACCGUCGAGCUAUGGGGAAAGCUCCUCUUUGCGUUUGUUGCUUGAUGCAAGAGAUGCCUCACUUGGUCCAUGGCUACCUGGAAGAGAUUCAUUUCAAGACGAAAUGCGUGCAUUCGAAGGUGGUGGAGACGGAUUGCUUCCAUGUGUAUGGGAGGAAGUGCCUGCGUUUCCACAGCCGGUUCCCAUGGAAACCACGCUCGUCGACGAGAUGAUGUUGUGCUUGGGAACACUUUUUGGAACCCAGUCCGAAACGACAAGGCUACAAGUGCUGGACGUGAUGGAAAUGUCAAUUAAAAAUGGGAAAAAGCCCUCGUAUGAUGCGAGCUUAACAAAUAUCUGUGUUGCGCUACUUGGAAGUCUUAAGAAAUCUGUAGCACAACGGAUUCAAGAACAUCCUGAAGGAGAGGUUUUGAAACGUAUUCAGACGUUGUUUGAGGACAUUCUCUCGGAAGAAACAAGUGCCACGACCCACCGCCGUGCUGCUGCCGAAGGACUUGGCUUACUGGCAAAAAUGGGAACAGAUGUUUACGCUGCACGUCUGAUGCGAUCUCUUUUGAGCGAUGUAGGUGCAGCAAACGAAUCUUUGCACAAAGGCUCAGUUGCAUUUGUUCUUGGAUGUAUUCAUCGCAGUGUAGGGGGUAUGGCACUUUCAGCUCUUGUUCCAGCAACUGUGCAAGCCAUAUGCUCAAUGGCUCGGGACGCUAAAGAGGGGCACCACGUCUGGAUUUUGCAUGGCUUAUGGCUUACCAUCGAAUCUGCUGGUCUAUCGUUUGUUCCGCAUGUGCAGGCGACGUUGACUCUAGUUAUGGAUAUCAUACUAUCUGAGGAUCAUAAUCAUCCAGAAAUAAGAGAGAGCAUUGGUCGUGUGGUGAAUGCUAUUGUGGCUGUUCUUGGGCCCGAAUUAUCCUUUGGAAGCUCCCUUUACUCGCGGUGCAAGUCCGUUGUAUCAGUCGUAAGUUCUGGUGAGGAACCAGGAGCGCUUUUAGAGGGCGUGAGAUAUAUACAACAGUUGGUGGUUUUCGCUCCACAGGCUCUUCCCGUCCAUGCUCACGUUGAGACCCUUCUUCCGACGCUGUUCUCGAAGCAGCCAUCUUUGAGGCAUGCUGCAGUUUCGACGUUAAGGCAUCUCUGUGAACGCGAUCCAGUGGCCAUGAAUAACGAAAGGAUUGAGGAAGAUUUAUUUGCAAUGCUAGAUACCGAAACUGAUUCAAAGAUUAUUAAAACCGUCCGUCUGACGCUGCAACGCCUUCUGGAUUCAGCCUGUCCGUCGUACCCCUCUCGCUGGAUUCAAAUAUGCCGCACUGUUGUCCUUGCGAGCUCGAAACCAAAUGUUUCGUCCUCUAAUGCAAUUGGUGGAGCUGAAGAGCCAGUGGGUGAAGAUGAUGAAGGUAGCAUGAUUGGUUCUCGAAAUUCCGAGCCAGCGAAAUCUGAAGUAAGGAGAGAAGUUGAUCUUUUACCUCGUUAUACAACGCGCGUUUUUGCGGCAGAAUGUCUCAGUCGCAUUCCAACUGCAGUGGGGGCUGACCCUCUGCAUUUUGACAUCAAUCAAGCACGACAACAUCUGGCAAGAAACCCGGGUGCUGACCUGCUAGUUCUUCAUUUAGGCGAGCUGGUUGCACUUGCGUAUCAGGUUGCAACUGGAGCAAUGGAGAGCAUCAGAACUAUCGGUGUCGGCCUACUGGAUACAAUACUUGAAAAGUUCGGAAAAACAGAAGAUCCAGACCCAGAGUAUGCGGGCCACCUCUUAUUGGAGCAAUAUCAGGCUCAAUUCUUGUCAGCUGUCCGCACGGCAUUAGAACCGUCUGCCAGUCCGUUGCUUAUGGCUUCAGGUGCAAGACUGGCCGCGAGGAUUGUGACGAGUGGAGUUGCUGGCAAUGACCGUGGAGUUCUUCAAAGAGUUUUGAACUUAAUAUCGCGUCCUUUGUCGAACUGGGAUAGCCUCAAUUACACUUCCUACGCCGAGUGGGUUUGUUGUAAGGUAAAAGCUGGCUUACUUGGUGCUCAUGCCGCCGUGAAAACGUAUGCUCUCGCCUGUUUGAAAAGCGGGCCUGAAAAGGCUGUAGUCGGAAAUCUCUUGAUUUCCCUUCUGGGGAACCAUGUUAACUUACUCAAUCGUUGCUGGAUUGGCCUUCUCAAGGAUUACACUAUGGUUUGCACUCAAUUUUCGGGAAAGAUGCAGCAAAAUUAUAAACCGUUUUUGGAAGGAAUGGAGUCACCAGCUAUUGCUGCAAAACUUCAACCUCACCUGCACGAAGUUUCUUCACUUAUCCUGGAAGCUGUUGCCGUGGAUGCCGUACCUGCUUCAAACGCACUGCCUAUCGAGUUGUCAACGCUGAAACCUGUUGAACUCAACAACAGCGAUUUCUUGCUCAUAUGGGCUUUAUCAGUCCUCAUUUUGCUAAACAAGGGGUCGAAAGUCUCUGAUCGUAGUCAUCAUGCCCGAAGUUUUCCUUCGUUCAGCGGAAGGAUAAUGGGAAACAGUCCUGCGGGAAAUGCAAACUUACAGCUUGUAGCAUUACGUGCUCUUCGAUGCCUUUGCUCUCCCAGUUUCUACUCACCCGCAAUGCUUUCAAUUGACCUGUGCCAGGAACUUCUAUCUAUGCUUCUCAAUCCGAGUUUUCAGGCCUAUUCUUGGGCCCCGAUGGCAAUCGUAUGUGUCGUAGAGCAAAUUGUGAACUCGACGCCUGAAACAUACCUUCACAACGAAGAUUUAGUUGUUACCAUUGUCGAUAUUUCCAUGAGUUAUUGUAGCGAUCUGCUGGCCAGCGAAGAAAAUAGAUGGGACACAUUUGAAAGCGAUGCAGUUGUUUGUUGCGCUCUUUCUACCUUAGGAAAUCUGGUUGCUCGUCUAAAUAGCAAGAUGCAAGGCGACCUUAUUCCACAACUGCUAUGUGCGGGCUUGAAGCUUCUGAGCUUGCGAGGACUCUCAGGAAAUGCUCUGUCAUCCGUAACAACAUUAGUUACAUGCCUCACAACGGCUGCGUCGAAAACUGAUGAGUCGUAUGUGGAGUAUUUCCCAGUUGAGGACAGAUGCGCUGUUCUAUCAGCUUCCGUUGAGAGCUUGGCAUCAAUGUGUGAAAAGCAGUGGAAUAGUAAGAGCUUGGACCAGAACACCAUACAACACGUACAAAUCUUGCUGGGCAUAUUGGUGGCUGUAACACGCACAGUGCCAGAUAGUGAUGCUACCCGGAGUCUGAAAUCAUCUGCUCAAAAGUGCUGCAUCGAUUCUCUUCGUGCUGCUCUGGCGACGAACAAUCCGUUGGUUCAACUAGCUGUUGUUCAGACUCUAAGCGCCACUGUACAAGCAGGAAUCACAGAGCAACCAAAGGCUAGCAAAUGUAGCUGGGCGUUGUUGCUCAUGCGCGAGCUUGGGGCAGAUGUCGCAUGCAUAGUCGAGGCUUUGCCAAAGGGAACGUUGUCAUCCGCUCAAACCAACGCCGUUGUGGAGAGUUUGAAACUAUUAGUUCAACUCCGAUCCUUGGUUGAGGGUGAUGAUGCUCAACGAGAAGUUUUACACGUCUUGUUAAUGGCGAUUGUCCAAGCAACAACACUGGCAACAUCAUUCACGAGCGUGGCUGUAAAGCUUGUCACACAAUUGGCAUCCGUGCCUGCAUCUGCCACCCAAUUUAAAGCCGUGCUACUGGAUCUGCCGCCUGAAGCCCGAGGAAAACUACAGGAGAUUAUUAGAACGUCUGUGACUCAGGAUGCACGCGCUUCGCCUCCUGUGCCGGGUCCAAUCAAGAUGCCCGUUGCCAUGAAGCCACUUCCUGCGGUCAUCGCAAAGCCUGCUUCGCCACCUCCAGUCCCUGCACCAGAGAGCCCGUCAAGCAACGACGAGUGGGACGAUUUUCAGUGAGACAAAACAAGAGGCGUCAGAUCUCGUCAAAACCGCGAUCGAGCGAAAAUAUGAGAUUCAUUUCUAUCUCCCAGUGUGGCCUUCGUAGGCGGUGUCCUUGUUGGAGGAGCCUCGGCACUUGUCCACGGGAUACUUCUUGUCAUUCUUGGCGAGCUUGCGAAGAGCGGCCUGGCUCAAAUCCACCCCGCAGACAUCCGCCAGGCGCGUGAGAUAGAGCAGCACAUCGGACAGCUCGUCGCCGAGAUGCUCCUUCUCGGCGGCAGUCCAAUCGGGAAGGCCUUUCUGGACUUCUCCCUUCCACUGGAAUACUUCGGAGAGCUCGCCAACUUCGCCAACCUGUGCGCUUCCCUCCUGCAAGUAAGUCAGCUGAUCUCUCUCACAGUGCAAAGCAUGGAGCGUGCAAAGCAGAAAAGCACAGGGAACAUACAACUCUUUAGAGACAGAUGAAUUUCACACGAGAGCUGUGCUUCUGGGAAACAAACAGGGACUCCUUGAUAUAGACUCCAGGAAACAAAACAAAACAAGCACAGGGAAUGGAGGAAAUGACUGGAACAUAUGGAAGGAGCAACAGGAAAGAUGGAUGGAAAGCUUUGCAGAUUCAUACAAGUGCCAGGAGCAGAUUUCUUGGGCUGUGGAACUGGUCCCAGUCUCUGGCUUUGGCGAAAUCGUCCAUUUUUCUAGCCAGCUCCUGGAGGCUCAAGAGGUUGUCCUUGAGAGUGGCAUUGGAAGAGGCUCCCACCAUUUUGGCUGCAACAAAACAACAAGGCCCAGGGGAUAUAUUUUUAGGGUUUAAAAAGAGGAAGGACCCUCUCUCUCUCUCCAGCCAGUUUGGCACUGGCAACCUACCACUGGUUGGCUGCCAGCUGGAAACCUCCCACAGAUGUUCUUUUUCUCCAAAGAUGGUGGCCACACUUGUCUUGCCUUGUGGGCCAAAAUAUUUACAUUUUUACA